AGGACGCACUGGAAUAACCUUCGUCGCCUCGCUGCGAUGUAAUGGGCCCUCGAAGGCUGCAGCCCCUGGACUUAGCUGUUAGCGGUUGUUAGCUGCUAGCAGCUGUUAGCCUGUGGAGCUGUCAUCACCGAGCCCGACACUCCGCGGAUAACCCGUCACACCGUGAAGAAGCAUGCUGUCUGCAGUGAGAGCUGCUCGAUGCGCCGUCAGAUACCUCAGGGGUAUCGGUACCUCUGCUAUGGACACAGGAUACCAGCAGGCUAAUGUGGUCGUCCUGCCAAACCACCUCGCCGAUGACUUCCAUGCCUUCUGUCGCAGUAACCCCGCCCCCCUGCCGCUCCUUUAUCGCAGCCAGUCAGGAGAGACUUCCUGUCCGCCUCUGGCUCAGCACGCUGACAUCAGGACGGACAUCUCGCAGUACUGUGUGUAUGAGGAUGGUCGGCUGGUGAAAACCGUCUCCAGCCUGCAGACGUACAGUGACGCACACAGGUCUCCACCCGGGCAGCAGGCGGAGCGUCCCGGGUCGUGGUCAGACAUGGUGUGUUUCUAUCUGGGCUGCAGCUUUGGCUUCGAGGGCCGACUGAAAGAAGCCGGAGUCCCCGUCAGGAACGUGGAGCAGGGCAAGAACGUCAGCAUGUACAGGACUGCAGUUCCCUGUGUUCCUGCAGGAGCGUUCAGCUGCCCUCUGGUGGUCACGAUGCGUCCCGUCCCAGCCGCUCUGUUGGAUGCAGCAGUGAGGGUCACUCAUCUCAACCCACUGGCACAUGGAGCUCCUGUACACAUAGGAGAUCCAGCUCUCCUCGGCAUCCAGGACCUGUCCAGGCCGGAUUAUGGUGAUGCGGUGGAGCUGCAGCCUGGUGAUGUCACAGUCUUUUGGGCGUGUGGAGUGACUGCGAUCGAGGCGAUCCUCAGCAACAAGCCUCCGCUGGCCUUCAGCCACUCGCCCGGCUGCAUGUUCCUCACCGACAUUCCUGACUCACCUACCUCCACCAUAACUCCGCCCACUGAGGCCAAACCCCAUCCUGAGCUGACCCCCCUGUGCUUCCAGGUGUCCCAGAAUCCCUUGCUGUACAGCCUGGUCUCUCAGGGGACGGCGGCGAAGAUCAGACAGCUGGAGGUGAUGAUCGGAGAAGAUCCAGGUGAGCGAGGGAUCAGAGCUUUAUUCGUUCAGGAUGAACUCCUGCGCUCCUGUCUGGCUCUAUCCCAUUCCUCCUCUGUUGCCAUAACAACAGGCUUCCCAACACACUACAUGCACAGCCCUCCCGAUGAAACCGACGGCCCACCGGGAGCAAUUGCCAUGGCAACCAUGCUGCUGUCUCUGGGGAAACAGGUGACCAUGGUGACGGAUCGCCGGGCGCUGGAGAUGAACCGCACCAUCAUCGAUGAAGCAGUGAGGACAGGAGUCCUGAAGGCUGCUAUCCCAUUGGUCACAUUUGAAGACGGCGGUCCAGACGCUGCGCGGCACUUCCUGUGUCACCAUGGAGACCCUAACAAGCCCAGAUUCGACCACCUGGUGGCGAUAGAGCGCAGCGGACGCGCCGCAGAUGGGAACUACUACAACAUGAGAGCAGUGAACAUCAAACACCUGGUGGAUCCUGUGGACGACCUGUUCAUCGCUGCCAAGCACAUACCUGGAAUCGGCACCACAGGAAUCGGUGAUGGUGGGAACGAGCUGGGGAUGGGGAAGGUGAAGGAGAAGGUGCAGAGCCUGAUGCCCAAAGGCGGUCUGAUCGCCUGUGAGGUUCCUGCAGACCACGCCGUCACCGCAGGCGUGUCUAACUGGGGAGGCUACGCUGUGGCCUGCGGGCUCUACCUGCUCCACACCUGCCCGGCACACCUGCGCUACCUGAGGAAGGGGCUGGGACUGGAACCUGUGACCUCCACGGAGCAGCUGCAGGACUGGACCACUAACCUGCCGUCUGUGGAAAAGGAGGAGUCCUUCCUCUCCACUCUGGUCCGGUUUGGGAUCCGAAGCGGGAAAACUGGUCACCUGGCCAUGGAGGUGGAUGGCCUGACCUUUCACCCCACCCACUCUGACAUGAUCACCAGACUGCUGGAAGUGACACGAGGAGGGCGCGGCGCGUUUUAAUCAGAACUGAGAGGAAAGAGGAGAAGAGUGUGAGGGUGCCUUAGCUGCUGCCUGGUAACCGCUCAGCCUGCCUUUAAAUGCUCGCAAAGCAGAGUGACCACCCCCCCCCACCCCCGGUGUCCGGCUCUGUGCUGUAAUGAACCAAUCACAGCUUAAUUCUUCCGUUGGGGUAAAAAUAGUCUGUGAGAUGCAUGGCUGCUUGUACCGUGUGAGCGGAUGUACAGAUUUUAUUGCAGCACUCGUCAUCGUUGAUGAGGAUGAUGAGGGAACAUGUUUGGGUCGAGGCUGUGAAAGGCUCCGCCCAUGCACCACAAAUCAGGUUGUUCUGGAAGCGCCUCAGGCCACGUUAACUGUUUGUGCUGCUGCAGAUGGAAGGACGUCCACCUCGAGGUGCAGAGCUGAGGGAAGCAGCUGAAAUGUGUCUCACCUGUCAGUCAAAGAGGCCACGCCCCCAUUAAUGCAAAUUUUAAACCUUAAUAAUGAUAAUAAUAAUGAGUUAAUACGAGUUAAUCUGGUGUUACGAGGGACAAAAUUAUCUCUAGAGACCAAACAGUUUGUGCAUCAGGCUGCGAGCAGGUUUCAUUUUACCUGGGAGUCUAUGGGACCGACUCACUGCUGCCUCUGCAGGACGCUGGAGGAACUGCAUUGUUAAAUCGUCCUCUCUGUGUUUGUUUAUCAGUAAAUGAGCGGAAGAUGAUUUAUAUGUUUUGUAGAAAUGAGAUGUGAAUAAAAGAAAUCAAUGAUCUGCGUUAAACAGCUUUCUUUUCCUAUCCAAGAUGGCGCCGCGGAUGGCAGCCUUGGUACUGCGCUCUCUCGCACUUUUCUUGUUUCUGUUUAUUUUCUGCGCUUUUGGUCACUCAGACCACAUCACUUUCUCCAGAGAUGAACUGCUAAACAUCAGGCAGUCGUCUCACUAUAGUUCUUAUCCAUAAACAGCUUUCUUUUA